AUGCCGAAUUUGAGGUCUACCAUUGAUGCCGCAGCUGGAGGGACAUUGAACAAUAAAUCGCCUGAGGAAGCCUUUGAUCUUUUGGAGGAGAUGGCGGCUAAUAGCUACCAAUGGCCGAUUGAGAGGCUAUCUGCUAGAAAGUUGAGUGGAAUUCAUGAAAUCGACUCGGUGUUGAAGAUUCAAGGCCCGACUUGUGAAUUUUGCAAUGGAAGCCAUGCUAGCACCGAAUGUCGGGUAGGUAAUCCUUUCACACAUCCUCCCGAAAAUACUAACUUUGUUGGAAAUUUUAGCGGCCUCCCGAACAAUCCAUAUUCAAACACCUAUAAUCCUGGAUGGCGAAACCACCCGAAUUUCUCCUGGAGCAACCAAAAUCAGCAAGGGCCGAGACCACCACCACCAUCAUUUAGGCCGCCUGAGGAGAAACAACACAAUCACCUUGAGGAGAUGGUUACUAAGCUAGCUCAAACAACUCAAGACUUCAUUAAAAGUGCUGAUGUGAGGUUCCAAAAUCGGGAGGCAUCCAUUCGAAAUCGGAGAAGCGAGGUUGGCCGGUUAGCUAACCAUUUGUCCGAAAGACCGUAUGGUACCCUUCCGAGCAACAUGAGAAGAAUCCAGGUUGAGAAUGCAAAAGCAAUCACCUUGAGGAGUGGAAAAGAAGUUAGCAGAAAUUUGUCUAAUGAAAGCACAAGAAAGAAGAAAGAAAUCGAACCACCCGGAGCCGACGCACCGGAAAUUGAACCCUCCAAAGCUGAUCCACCUCGAAGCAAGUUAUUUCCGGACAAUCCAAAGCCAUAUGUGCCGCCAGUUCCAUACCCGGAAAGACUUCAGCAACACAAAAUAGAUAAGCAGUUCUCUAAAUUCCUUGAUGUUUUUAAGAAAUUACACAUUAAUAUUCCUUUUGCAGAUGCCUUAGCCCAGAUGCCUAGUUAUGCGAAAUUUUUGAAGGAAAUUUUGGCAAACAAACAGAAAUUGGAAGAUUAUGAGACUGUGAAGCUUAAUGAGGAAUGUGCAAGUAUUAAUCUAAUGCCUUAUUCUGUUUUUAGGAAAUUAGGUUUGGGGGAAGCAAAAGCUACCACCGUAUCUCUUCAGUUAGCCGAUCGAUCGAUCAAAUACCCAAGAGGCAUAGUGGAGGAUGUUCUAGUUAAGGUUGACAAGUUUAUUUUUCCUGCAGAUUUCAUUGUCUUAGAGAUAGAGGAGGAUUUCGAGGUCUCGAUCAUCCUAGGCCGACCUUUUCUAGCAACAGGGAGAGCUCUAAUUGAUGUGCAACAAGGAAAAUUAAUUCUUAGAGUUCAAGAUGACCGAGUCACCUUUGAUGUGUUCAAAGCCAUGAAAUAUCUGUUGAGCCGAAUGAAUGUUUGA